GUAUUGCCAAAUCCCAAUCUUAGUGCUGUUUUUUUGAAUAUAUAAAUCAAGUGGUAUAAAACAAAUUUAUUUUAUUAUAGAAAUUCUAAAUUUAAAUAUUACGAAAAUGCCAGCGGAAACAUAUUUUUAUAGUAAACCUUCUCCUUACUCAUUUGAAGAGUUUAAAAAGCCUUACAACGAAUCUGGACAAUCUUCCCACCACAAUAUGACUGGAAAAAAGCGUACUUAUCAUGAUGAUAGUUAUGGCGAUUUAAAAUUAAAGCAUGAUUUAUCCCCUUUACGGCCUUUAUAUUCAACUCCAUCUUAUAACGUCAAUCUCAUUCGAGAGAAAUCAUCGCCCUCUUUGGAAUAUACCUCGUUUAUGCGACAACCCCCUUACACUUCAACUUCGUCACCCUCUUAUGUUUAUAAUAUCAAACCAAAAUCCGGUAUUAAUACGGAAAUCGACAAUUAUUUAAGUGCUUGCAUCUACGAUUACCCACCUAAGAGUGAUUUAAGUGUAGGGUACAAUCCUAGUUAUGGUACUUCUUAUCGAUAUAGUUUUCCAUAUUCGUAUUAUCCAGCUUAUAGCUCCUAUUCUAGCAAUUCUUAUCCACUAUGGACGAGCUUUAGAUCAUCAUAUCCUAAUUAUUAUAGCAGUUCGAAUUAUUCCUCGCGAUAUGAUUAUGGUGGAUAUCCCUCUCGCAAUUACGACUUAUUGGAUUAUGAAAAAAGUUAUUAUUCUGAAUAUUACCCCACCAAGCAUAGUUAUAAAGACACAGGUAGCUAUUAUCCUGCUGGAAAAUACAAUAAUUAUGCUGUUUAUUAUCCUUACAGUAGAUAUAUCGAUACUUAUUACCCUUUAUCCACUUACAAAAGGGGUCUUAGAUCAUGUUAUAAUUUAUAUUAACACAUAAAUUUAUAUUUUCUGCGAAUCCUACUUUGCCAAGACUUCUUUUUAUUUACUUACGAAAAUAAUACUAAUCAUUUUAUCCAUUACUCAAUAUAAAAUUUUAUAUCAAAUCAUCUGAUCAUUAUAUUAUUUUUUAAAGUUCAAAAAUAAUAUUUGAUAAAAUAAAACAUAUGGAUUGUUGUUAA